AUGUUACUCUUUGAUCAUCUCUUUGAAUGUUGCGUUUUGCUGGUCGGUUUGCGCCUCUCUGGUGAUGUCGCUUGGGACCACUCUUUGCAAUCAUUGCCGUGGCUGAGAACAAUCACGCCAUGGAUUUGUAUGUCCUUGGAGGAGCUUCACGAGUAUGCUCUCAUGAUGUGCAGUCGCUUCAGUGAUGAUGUGGAGCGUCAGAUUACGAUUAACAUGGAAUUCUGUAACAUCACCAGAGGACCGCCUUGGUCUGCCUUCACGGCUGAUGUUUUGGCCUGGCUACGAAAAGUUUGGAAUGGUUUAGUGACAUCUCGCUUGCUUGGAUAUGGAUGUCCCUUUUCGGAUACGGAGCUGUCUUGGGAACUGCCAGAUCGAGACACUGUUUGUCACAUGGCUGUUUCGGGAAGACGCGUAGUGUUUCAGCCUUGGUUUGCCGACAAGAAGUAUCACUUGGAUGGUGCUUUGAACUAUGUUUCUUUCAUGUCCUCGCAGAGAUUGGCACCUCAUGAGCCACCCAGCUUCGCGUCUGUGCAGUUGCCGCAAAUCAUGGAAUCUUUGGGUUUGGUACCGGUCGAGACUUCCCGGACCGAAUUUGCGCUCUCCUUUUAUGGCGCUGAUCCCAUUCUACUGGACUCAUCCGGGGAUGAGAUGUGUGUUGCAGACACAGUGCAUCCGGAGACUCCUCGUCCUGCAGAUGAUGUGCUGCGAAGUUGGCGCUAUGUCUAUGGCUGUGAUGCUUGGUUAUUUUUCUUAGGACACUUUUUGUUUGGUCGGGGGGAACUGUUCCUGCUUCCCUUUUUCUUUAUGUCUUUUUUCUAUGGCCUUGCUCAGGAGACUUCACUGUCUCCGAGUCGUCCUGAUGACAGUCCAUACACAAGACGUUUGAAGCGUUGGAAGUCAGUUUGGCAAGGCGCUGAAUUCAGCGAUUCAUCAGCCAGUCGCACCGCUUCUUCUUCUUCAAACCAGAUUCCGGGCCAUGCGCGUGAAACUCGCGCGAUGUCUCUGUUGGAGAGAGCAAGUCUCUUUGAGAAUCGUGAGUCUGAUCGUUCUCAGCACCGUUCACAGCAAGCUGCUUCACAUGAAGCGCCACCAAAAUUCAAAUGGGGUGAGUGUACCUGUGGCUACUCAGUGUGCCCAUGGGUGUUCAAAACUGGCAAGAUGAGGGGUGAAUUGCGGCUGGUUUGCCGAGGCUUUCUCAAGAGAUGGACAGCAGAUGGCAAACCGUUGUGCUGGAACCAUUACGAGUUCCCUAUGGAGCGUUACCAUGAAAUUUCGAAGUCUUUGAAGAUGCUCUACCAAGAUUUGCAAAAUGUCAUGCAUAGAAAUUCUCGGCGUGGCAACUCCACGUGA